UCAGCCCUCCAGAGCCUCUGCCAGUUCUCUCUUCUAGACUUGCCAGAAGCAUCUGAGGACUAAAGAUGAAGAUCUUUUUAUUAUUCACCUUUUCCACGUUUUUCUUGUCUGCUUUUGAACAAGCAGCUGCAUAUGCUCACUAUGACAAGAUUUUAACUCAUAGUCGAAUAAGGGCACGCGACCAAGGCCCAAAUGUCUGUGCCCUUCAGCAAGUUAUGGGAACCAAAAAGAAAUACUUCAGCACCUGCAGAAACUGGUACCAGGGAUCCAUCUGUGGAAAGAAAGCAACUGUCUUGUAUGAGUGCUGUCCUGGCUAUAUGAAGAUGGAUGGUAUGAGAGGAUGUCCUGCAGUUGCUCCUAUUGAUCAUGUAUACGGUACUCUUGGUAUUGUGGGAGCUACCUCCACUCAGCAGUAUUCUGACAUGUCAAAGCUGAGAGAAGAGAUCGAGGGAAGAGGUUCAUUCACUUUCUUUGCACCAAGUAAUGAAGCCUGGGAGCAAUUAAGUUCGGAAAUCCACAGGAAUUUAAUUGACAAUGUAAAUAUCGAACUAUACAACGCCCUCCACCACCACAUGGUAAACAAGCGCAUGUUGACAAAAGAUCUUAAGAAUGGCAUGACACUGGUGUCCAUGUAUAAUGGCCAGAAAUUGCUUAUUAACCAUUAUCCUAAUGGGGUUGUUACUGUUAACUGUGCCAGGAUCAUCCAUGGCAACCAGAUUGCUACCAAUGGUGUUGUUCAUGUAAUUGACCGUGUCCUAACUGCUGUUGGAAAUACCAUUCAAGAUUUCAUUGAAGUUGAGGAUGAUCUUUCAUCUCUCAGAGCUGCUGCCAUCACAUCAGAUGUCUUAGAUACUCUUGGAAGGCCUGGUUAUUACACACUCUUUGCUCCUACUAAUGAAGCUUUUGAGCGUCUUCCAAGAGGAGUCUUAGAAAGAAUCAUGGGUGACAAGGUGGCUUCUGAAGCUCUUGUGAAGUUCCAUAUUUUAAAUACUCUUCAGUGCUCUGAAGCAAUCAUGGGUGGAGCUGUCUAUGAGACCUUGGAAGGAAACACACUUGAAGUUGGCUGUGAUGGUGAAACUCUUACUGUGAAUGGAGUAAAGAUGGUGAAACGCAAAGAUAUUGUGACGAGCAAUGGUGUUAUCCACCUCAUUGAUAGAGUGCUAAUUCCUGAUUCUGCCAAACAAGUUAUUGAGCUUGGAGGUGCCCAGCAGACUACUUUUACAGACCUGGUGACACAACUAGGACUAGCAUCUUCUCUAAGACCAGAAGGCCAAUACACUCUGCUGGUACCACAGAAUCGUGCUUUCUCAGAUGACACUUUACAGAUGGAUCAACGGCUUCUUAAAACAAUCCUGCAGAAUCACAUUAUAAAAGUGAAAAUUGGGCUCAAUGAACUGUACAAUGGACAAGAGCUGGAGACAAUUGGCGGAAAGCUGCUAAGAGUCUUUGUGUAUCGCACAGCUGUAUGUGUUGAAAAUUCAUGCAUGGUCAGAGGAAGUAAAGAAGGAAGGAAUGGCUUUAUUCACGUCUUCAGACAAAUCAUCAAGCCAGCAGAAAAAUCUUUGCAUGAAAUGCUGAGAAAUGAUAAGCGUUUUAGGUGAGUAGCAUCUUGACAG